AUGUCAGACAUUAGAAACUGGACGAAAGAAUUUUUAACUGAAUUUAUCAACAUUUAUCACGGGMAACCAUGUCUAUGGAAAAUAAAGGACAAAAAAGUAUACACAAAUAGGAAUCUCAAAACUAUCGCUUACGAUCUCCUGUCAGACUAUUCAAAAACAGUUUAUCCAGAAGCAAACCGGGCAUGGGUCGUAAGUCGAAUCCAAAGCUUACGUGGGUCAUUCAGGAAAGAGUUUAAUAAGUCGUAUGAAACUAAGAAUAAAAGUGGUUCAUCGGCUGAUAGUGUUCACAUUCCAUCAUUAUGGUACUAUAACCAACUUCUAUUCACAAAAGAGCAAGAAAUGCCAGAGGAAAGUAUCUCAAAUAUAAGUGAUGAUGAAAAUAAUGAUUCUAUCACAGAAAAUGGUCAAAAAAAUCUUAUAAGAGGUGGGCAUGUACGCAGUUAA